AUGCUUCAGGACCCCCAACAGCCCUUCAACCGGAGCAGCCUCCCUCCUGCUUCCUUCAUCCUGAUGGGCAUCCCUGGCCUGGAGGAAUACCACAGCUGGAUGGCGGUGGCCUUCUGCCUGAUGUACCUCUUUGCGCUUCUGGGGAACCUCUCCCUGCUGCUCCUCAUCCGGAUGGAGCGCAGCCUCCACCAGCCCAUGUACCUCUUCCUGGCCAUGUUGGCGGUGGCCGACGUGACCUUGUCAUCCUCUACCGUGCCCAAGACCUUGAGCGUCCUCUGGUCCUACUCCAAGGAAAUCUCCUUUGACGGCUGCCUUGCCCAGAUGUUCUUCACCCACAUCAGCUUCAUUGCAGAGUCCACCAUCCUGCUGGCCAUGGCCUUCGACCGCUACAUUGCCAUCUGCCGGCCGCUGCAAUACACCUCCAUCCUGUCUCCCUCCGCGGUGGCCAAGACCGGCUUGGUGGCUCUGGCCAGGAGCUUCUGCGUGAUGUUCCCCACCGUCUUCCUCCUCAAGAGGCUGCCGUACUGCGGGAAAAGGCUGAUGCCCCACUCCUACUGCGAGCACAUGGGCAUCGCCCGCAUGGCCUGCGCCAAUAUUGCCGUCAACAUUUGGUAUGGCUUCGUGACGACCCUCCUGUCCCCUGGCCUGGACAUCUUCCUCAUCGCUGCUUCCUACCUGCUGAUCCUCAGGGCCGUCUUCAGGUUUCCUUCCAAAGACACCCGCCUGAAGGCCCUGGGGACCUGCGGCUCCCACCUCUGCGUCAUCCUGAUGUUCUACACCCCGGCCUUCUUCUCCUUCUUUGCCCACCGCUUCAGCCAUGGCAUCCCCCAGUCUGUCCUCAUCCUCGUGGCCAACCUCUACCAGCUGCUGCCUCCAAUGCUGAACCCCAUGGUCUACGCCGUAAAGACCAAGCUGAUCUGGAAGAGGCUCCGCAGGGCCUUCGGCAAGUGA